GCUGCGAUAAAUCAUUAGGAACUUGCAUCCCACAAAUGUAAUAAAGUUUAAUUGUUCGGAACAUUUUGCUGAUCUGUUCCCCGGCUCUGGGUGCGAAGGUUGAGAGUUCGACUCCCUCUGCAGGGCGCGGGGAGACGCUGACCUGCCGCUUUGCUGAGAGAUAAUGCGAGAAGGGAUUCCUGCUGGAUCCCACAGUGGGGAAUCGUUAUUGGAAUCUUGGCAGCAGUCCCAGCAAUCGCAACGAUGAACCAGCAAAGCAUCUGUCGCCGCUGGCACCCAUGGGUGCUAGUGCUCACUUUCAUUCUCCUCCUUGGCUUAACCAACUUUUGGAACAGGGGGCAGACAAUCAGGCAGCAGACCAGCAGGGAAUCAGGGUACCCAGACUCAGUGGCACGUAUCUCACCAUCACAGAACAAGCAAGGCAGCGAGGAUACCUGUCUCUCUAUUCCAGAGCCUGAUAGAUUUGACUGCUACCCAGAGAGGGACCAAGUUGUCUCUCGGAAAUUGUGUGAGGAGCGUGGCUGUUGUUUUGCCAAGGUCAAUGUGGAUCAAGGUCAAGGAGAGCCUUGGUGCUUCUACCCACGGAAUUUUCCAAGUUAUAUCCUAGGAAACCUGACACCUACAGAGCUGGGAGAGGUGGCAGAGCUCACACGCAGGAAUAAAACUUACUAUCCCAGGGAUAUUUGGAAGCUCCAACUGAACGUAAUGUUCGAAGCCGACCACAGACUUCACAUCAAGAUAAAUGACUCCUCAAAUCCACGGUAUGAGGUCCCGAUCGAGGUUCCCAGGGCAACAAAGAAAGCCAUGCAUCCACUGUACACUGUAGAAUACUCCGAGGAUCCAUUUGGGAUUGUUGUGAGAAGGAUAUCUACGAAGACGGUGCUAUUGAACACGACAGUCGCCCCCCUCUUCUUUGCUGAUCAGUUCCUGCAGUUGUCGACUUCAUUGCCCUCAGAGUACCUGUACGGUCUUGGAGAACACCGGGCUGGUUUCCUGCAUAGUGUCCAGUGGAACACACUCACGUUCUGGGCUCGUGAUAUCCCUCCUCAGGAGUCUGUUAAUCUUUAUGGAGUCCAUCCCUUUUAUCUGUGUAUGGAGCCGGAUGGGAAGUCACAUGGUGUUUUCCUUCUCAACAGCAAUGCAAUGGAAGUGGCCCUCCAGCCCACUCCUGCUCUGACAUGGAGAACCAUUGGUGGUAUUCUUGACCUUUACAUAUUUAUGGGUCCGGACCCAAACUCAGUCAUUCAACAGUAUUUGGAGGUCAUUGGUUUGCCUUCGAUGGUGUCUGCUUGGGGUCUCGGAUUUCAUCUCUGCCGCUGGGGAUAUGAGACAAGUAACGCCACCUGGGAGGUGGUUAACCAGAUGAGGAAAGCAGGAAUGCCUCAGGAUGCUCAGUGGAAUGAUAUCGAUUACAUGAUUGAAUAUCGAGACUUCACCUUUGACCCUGAGAAAUUUGCCAGUCUUCCACAACUGGUGGCAGACCUCCACUCCCAUGGACAGCAAUAUGUGAUGAUUCUGGACCCAGGAAUCAGCAGCAUCCAACCACCAGGUUCCUAUUGGCCAUAUGACGAAGGCCUGAAACGGGGAGUCUUCAUCUCCAAUGCAUCUGCAAGUCCUCUUAUUGGAAAGGUUUGGCCUGGGCUGACAGCAUUCCCUGACUUUACAAAUCCGGACACACACCAGUGGUGGUUGGAUAACCUGCUGCACUUCCACAAGGCUGUGCCCUUUGAUGGCCUCUGGAUUGACAUGAACGAGCCUUCCAACUUUGUGGAUGGAUCUGAGAGUGGGUGCCCAACGAACAAGCUCGAAAACCCUCCCUAUGUCCCAGAUGUGCUGGGUGGCAGCUUAUGCAGUAAAACCAUUUGUGCCUCAGUAAAGCAGAAGAUAUCUACACACUAUAAUGUACAUAACCUGUAUGGGCUGAUGGAGGCCAAGGCCUCAGCAAGUGCUUUGAUUAAAAUCCGUAAAAAACGACCAUUUGUCAUUUCCCGAUCAACAUUCCCAAGUCAAGGCAAGUACUCGGGACAUUGGCUGGGAGACAAUAGGAGCCAGUGGAGAGACAUGUACUUUUCUAUUCCAGGUAUCCUGAACUUCAAUAUGUUUGGAAUUCCUUUGGUCGGUGCAGACAUAUGUGGAUUUGGCGGCAGUACCACAGAGGAAAUGUGCGUGCGAUGGAUGCAGCUUGGUUCUUUCUACCCCUUCUCUCGGAACCACAACACCCAAAAUGAGAAGGCUCAGGACCCGACUGCGUUCAGUGCACCGGCUCAAGCUGCAAUGAAGCAUGCCCUCCUUACCCGCUAUUCUCUGCUCCCAUACCUCUACACGCUCUUCCAUCACUCACAUAUCCAGGGAGAAACUGUUGCCAGAGCCCUCCUCUUUGAGUUUCCUGAAGAUAGAAAUACUCUCUCCAUUGACCAACAGUUCCUGUGGGGUCGUAGCCUCCUCAUUUCACCAGUGUUAGAGCCAGGGACCAGUGCUGUGACUGCGUACUUCCCAAAAGGGGUUUGGUAUGACUUCUACACGGGAUCUCCACUUGUUAGCACAGGAGAGUAUGUCAAACUUCCCGCUCCUCUGGACACCAUCAACCUGCACCUGCGGGAGGGGGAGAUCAUUGUCACACAGGAACCUGCCACAACCACUUGGGUGAGUAGUGGCAACCCUCUUCACCUGCUUGUGGCACUGUCCCAGAACACAUCAGCAAGGGGCUUCCUCUUUUGGGACGAUGGUGAGAGUCUGGAUACAUACGAGAGAAACGAUUACACUUACGUUGAAUUUACUACUGAUAAGAAUAAGCUGAACUCCAAGGUGCUACAUGUGAAUGUGGAGGCUUCCUACAUCAAGAUAGACACUGUGAGAGUACUUGGAGUCAAGUUCCAGCCCUCCACGGUCAUUGUAAAUGGGAAAUCUGUUCCCUUUUCAUUCUCUUCAAACCAGGUUUUGAAUGUUGAUAAUCUACAUCUCCCCCUCGGGAAAGGAUUCUGCAUCUCCUGGUUCUAAUCUAAGCAUACAAAGUUUGUACUGAGGCUUCAUGGUGUUUUUGAAAGCAGGCUCCAUCCUGCUACAUACCAUUGUUGACAAUAGAAUCUUCUAGAAAUAUUUGAAGAACCUGCCAAGGACUGUGGAAGGAAUAUCAGGGUGAAUCCUUUGAGAAGCUUCUCAAGUCUAAUACCCAAAGCACUUUAUGAUCAAAGAGCUUGACUUGUUUGACCUAGAGCAUGGCUUGUCUUACUGUUAAUUAUUCCUGAUUAUAUUGUUUGUGUUCAUCAUACUAAGAGGGUACUGAGUGCACUGUUACUGCCAGAUCAGGGGAUCCCAAACAGUUCUGAAUUUGGGGCAAAAUGCCUUUAAGAAAAAUGGUUGGGCUGUUGCCACUUGAUCAUGUGUUUGCUGACUAUGGCUGCUUGUGGAGCUCACAGCUCCUGCAUCAUUACUGGAAUCCUGGGAGGUAGAUCACAGCAUACUCCUUCCAUGGCAUUCAGGGCAACUGUAAGGGAACCUGCCAACAAGAUGAAGGAGUUGGCCUUUUCUCCUUAGAGCGACAGAGGAUGAGAGGUAACCUGAUAGAGGUGUAUAAGAUGAUGAGAGGCAUUGAUCGUAUGGAUAGCAGAGGCUUUUUCCCAGGGCUGAGAUAGCUAACACGAGUGGAAGCAGUUUUAAGGUGCUUGGACGAAGAUAGAAGACAGAGGUAAGUUUUUCACACGGGGAGUGAUGGGUGCAUGGAAUGCACUGCCAUCGAUGGUCAUAGAGGCGGAUACAAUAGGGUUUUUUAAGAGACUCUUAGAUAGGUACAUGGAGCUUAGAAAACUAGAGGGCUGUGCGGUCGGGAAAUUCUUGAGUAGAUUACGUUGAUGGCACAACAUUGUGGGCUGAAGGGCCUGUAAUGUGCUGCAGAUUUCUAUGUUUUUGGAAAAUGCAGGAAAGGAAAGAGCUUGUAUUUUAAGUCAUCUCUCCAUCUGUCCCUCAUUACUGAAGUAAUUUCAGGUUGUCCGUAGCUCUACACCACUGUGAAGCAGUUUGUCACUGCUGAGUUUGCAGUAACAUCAGUGCUGUGAAUAGCUGUAGGACCAUGAGAUCCAGACAUGGUAUCAUCAAGACCUCGUCAGUGCCAAAAUAGGAAUCUUAUAAUUCAUGUGCUUAUCAGCUGUGCGUUACAUUUCUUCAACUAAGAAUUGUAAAUGAUAGCUGAAGGUCAUAGCAUGCACAUUAUUGGUCCAGUGUUUGCAGGUACAGCAGAACAUCAUGUGCACUGACAUCAUCACACAGAUGGUGCUGGAGAAACAUCAGCUGUGCUCAGACCUGCUAUAGCCAGAAGUGCCCAGUUCAGUUUCACAAACUGCACUGGAAGUUGCAUUAAAAAAACAUGCACUGUUAAUUUAAUGUGCAAUAUACAUUUUAAAAUAGACUCUAAGCAUUUCAAUUUCUACACACUUUUUUUUAAACGGCCUGUUCUUUCUGCUGUGAUCUCACAUUCAGUUGGUAUUCUUGUAUCCCAAGGAGCUGCUUUGCUGAAUUAGACAUUGUGAUAAUGUAUAAAAUACCUCGGGUGGGAGAUACAACUGAAGAACAAAUUAGACUGGUUGAUCACCCACCCACCUAACUGUAGUAUUUUCCUGGUAAAAUAAAUCUUGCAGUGCAAUCACUGGAUCUAACGUGGAAAGUUCUUCACUGUGCAAAUUUGAUUUUAUCAUGUGAUAUAAAGGAAUUAAGUUCUCACACUUAACUCCUUGGUUAGUUUCCUGUUUCUCCUCGUCAUGAAUUAAACUUGACUGGAGUAAUUAAGA